AUGCUUUCCGUCUCUUGUCCACCGUACCGACUGGAUGCGGGAACUGACGGGGACACUAUCCUCCCUAAUCGUAUACACAUUCAGCAGUCCCAAUCCCUGGAGAGCCGGAUCUGCGAGAGGUUCGUCUCGAGCAAAUACGGAAAUGAAAGGGAACAAGUUUACGUUCCCGAAGGUCAGCUCGACGAGCUGAUCACCGAGGCAACCAUCGUGGAACAGUUGCCGGACGACUACCCGGAAAAGGGAGAACUCGUCACCUUCAUUCUUCUGCGGGCGAAGAAGACUUUUGCAAUCACGCUCUUAACCGGACUCAGGGGCUAUGAGUUAUGUCAGGCCAUCACACGGUUCUGGCUCUACGGUAUUACCGACCAAAACCUGCCAGUUCGUGAUCUGGGUUCGAACCCUGCCUUUGCCAACCCUCCCUGGUCGAUGUGGAAGUUACAGCAAUUCGGUGAAACCCAGUGGGGGUUCCUAGUUCCCAUCUUUACGGCGAACAAGCUGGUCUACAGCCUCGAGCGAGAACGAAUUCUGCCGUUCGUGGGCGUGGAUAGCAGCAUCAGAGACGGCAGCUUUGGACGAGUCUAUCAGGUCAAGGUGCAUAAGGCUCAUCAGAGGAAUCCCGCUUUCAUGGCACGAGGGGAGGGAACGCCCAUCGCCGUCAAAGAAGUCUCUGCCCGGAGCUUAAGUCGUGCUGGCCACUUGACGCCGGGCGACGCCCCACAAGACUGGGAGGCGGAGGCGGCGGCGCUGGCCAAGCUUAGCAAUAUCAGACACGAGAAUCUGAUACAGUGUAUCGCGAUAAUUUCCAGGGAGGAUAAAUACUUGUUCCUUUUUCCCUGGGCUGACGGAGGGAACCUUCGAGAUUGGUGGGGGCGGCUGCCUGAUCCUAAGCUGACCCCUGAGUUUGUCAAAGAAGUGCUGGUGCAGCUCCAUGGACUAGCAGACGCCCUUCAUACACUGCACAGUUACAAGAGCAACGCGGCAAUCUUUAUGCAAGGGGGAAGGCCCGGGAACGACGACGUUUUCACUAUCGAGGGAGGGGGUAUCCGGCAUGGGGAUCUAAAGCCCGAGAACAUUUUGAGGUUCGCAACCGGAGACAAUGAUAUUGGCGUUCUCAAGAUCGGGGAUAUGGGGCUCGCUAAGCACCACGGCGUGAACACCAGACUCCGCAACAACGUUACAAGCACAAAGUACCGGACUGCCCGAUACGAACCACCAGAGGUUGCAGUAUCCCCGCUGUCAAGUCCGGCCACGUCGCGCCUUUACGACGUAUGGUCUAUGGGAUGCAUCAUUCUUGAAUGCUUGAUCUGGCUUGUAUGGGGGAACAAAGAGCUGGCUGCCUUCAACUACACAAUCCAAGGAAGCGGGUCACUGGGCAUGGAACACCCAUAUUAUGUGAUCAAGCGAGAGUCCGGGAAGGAAACCACGGCCGAAGUACACCCGAUGGUCACCCGAUACAUUGAGGCGUUGGCAGCGGAUUCGGCUUGUGGUGCGGAUACGGCACUUGGAGACUUGCUUGACAUUAUCCGGACAAAAUUACUUGUGGUUCCGCUUCCACCGAGUGGCGCCGCAUUACCGGACAAAUUAACCAGCUUCGCCCCGGCAAGCCAGGCAGAGACGAAUCGAGGCUGCUACAGGGCCUCGGCGAGAUCUUUGGCCGAAUCACUUGCUUAUAUACUUGACAAAGGCAAAGCUAACGAUGGCUACUGGCUAACAGCACCACGUCGAACUAGGACCCCGAACUUUUUUCGAUCCCGCCCCAUGUACCCAGGCUCGACAUCUGCCGUGCCCGUAAAUCCAGGCGACGGCGUGUUGUUGGCAGACUCGCCGCCAACUGCAGCGAUUCCAAUGAGAGAAACCUAUUUCGACCUCAACAAGACUCAUCCUCUUGACAUCACGCUCUGGGAGCAUCACAUCGACAACCACUUUGCUAUGAAAUUGCUCCGCAGUCUUAAAGGUUCUGCAAGCCUCAAGCCGCCAAUCUUCCCUGAAGCAGGGCAACCAGAUCGACUCUGUGAACGUUGUAUGAAUCUGGACUUGGGAGCCCCGGCUUUUUACUGGCUCGACAAGUUGGCAGACUUGAGAGAAUCCGCCAAGUUGUGUCGCUUCUGUAGGAUGAGGUGGGACGCCAGUGGCCAUCUCAUUCCCGAGACAGACAUUGUUCGGUUUGACAGAGUCGGGUCGGUGGUUAAGAUGAACGAGAAUGAUCCUCCGGUAUUUAGUUUAUGUCGAAGCGAAAGUACCUUGGACUCAGACAGCUCCAUGUCGGUCCCGAUCGGCCUGCCUGUGCUUCCGGGAGCAGGCAGUGCUACUCACUUUGAUCUCAUCCGUCUCUGGCUCGAGGACUGUGAUUCGGAGCAUUUUGUGUAUAGAUGCACCGGCCAGCCGACGGGACAUGCUGUCCCGCAGGCCGCCGGUGCAGGGGGCAGCGCAUAUGAUAGUAGUAACCUCGAACUGGCAAUACUCUCGGAGAUGCGUUUCCGCAGACGACCCUCGCUCCCAACCAGACUCAUUAACGUCGGACCCAGCGGCUCCCCUUCCGUGCGACUCUAUGAGACGCAGUCGAGCGACAGACCCGAGGACUUCCGGUACAUUGCCUUGUCGCAUCGUUGGGGAACUCCGUCUCCUGAAAAGCCCUUUUUUGGCACUACGGUGCACAACAAGGAGGCUCACAUGUCCGGGAUGGAGAUAAACAGGCUCCCAGACACGUUCAGGGAUGCAGUCGUGGCUACCCGUGCCCUGGGGCUGCGGUAUCUGUGGAUAGACUCGAUUUGCAUCAUCCAAGGCGAAAACGGCGACUUCCGGCGCGAAUGCAAGCGAAUGGAGGACGUCUUCAGCGACGCAUACUGCGUUGUUGCGGCGACCUGCGCGGCUGGGCCGUGGGAUGGCUUCCUUAAAACGGACCGACCCCAAAGGGAGUACUUGACCCUCCUGCGAGAGCCCGGCUCGUCACCGAUUUACGUGUGCCGCUACCUGGAUGACUUCUACCGGGAGGUCCUUCAGGCCGACAUGAAUAGGAGGGGCUGGGUUCUGCAGGAACGAGCUCUGGCUCGGCGGACCAUCUACUUCACCCGGCUGCAGACCUUCUUUGAGUGCGGCGCUGGUGUCCGCUGUGAGACACUCACUAGGAUGAGCAACAAACUCGCCGCCUUCCUCGGAGAUCCCAACUUUCCGGAAAUCGCAGUGUUUUCCCAUGGCUCCAGGAGAGAGACUUCCCGCGCGGAGAGGAUCCUCUACUUCCAGGAUCUAUACAUGACGUACUCCCGCCUCCAGUUCACCCACUGGGAAGACCGGGCCGUUGCAAUGGCGGGCCUGGAGCAGCGCCUUAGCCGGGGCUUUAACUGUCGUGGAAAGUUCGGCAUCCUAGCUGACUCCCAAGGAAGUCUCCUACACCGAAGCCUGCUCUGGCAUCGCGGUGUGGAUGAGCGGUCUCUUGAAAGGAUCCAUUUCCCUCCCGACCGGCAGAAGGCGCCCAGCUGGUCCUGGAUGGCGUACCGUGGGGGGAUUGACUACUUCAAGAUUCCUUUUGGCAGCAUUGAGUGGGAGUCUGAUAGCAUACGCUCCCUUUGGCAAUCGGUCAAUGUGCGCACGGCGAGCAACUGGGAGGACGAAGUCGCCGAGCUCGACGCCACGGCACAUGAGUUUAUCCAUGGGCAAGCAGUACUCGCCGAGGACUUCACAAUUGUCUACGACGUGACAGGCUUGACGGGAGGCGCUAUCCGAGACACUCUCUGCGUUGUCCUAGGCAAGGAGAAGCGAAAUUGUGCUGUGCGAGUCAAGAUUCACUAUGUCCUUCUUGUCGCCCCUACCGUUGGAGUUUCAGCCAGGACAGCAAAUGCAUACACGAGGGUUGGAGCGGGCCGCGUGCCUGGCAGGCUCAUCAACUUCGAGAAGCCCAGCUUGGACAUUAGGGUUCAGUAG